AUUUUCUACCAGAAGCCAAGUGCGUAACAUAAACCGAGCCAAUGUCAGAAGUCCAUCACGGUUGUAUAAACCGUGCUUUGUUCAACCAAGCUGUCAAAAUGGGCUGAGACGUUUGUUUGUUUUGUUUCAUUCGAAAAGGUUUCUUCACGGCAGACGGAUGCUGUAGCGCACGGUUUGCUGGAGAGGAGAUAAAUGCCCCAAAAGUUCUAACAGAAAGAAUCUAUCGUGUAAUUGCUUUCAUUGAAGAUAGUCGACUAUAAAAACGAGCGCGUGUGGAUUGUGUGCACUAAUACCAAGCUGGCGUUUUCCAGCAAAACGGCAGUAACGGCCCGCGUACCUUUGCGUCUCCGCGUGAAUUGUGUGUGCACAGGAGGCACAUCCCGUGAACCAACGAAACGCCUUUUUGUUGGAAGCGAAUGCUAGUGCGAAAGGUUUGUGAAGGGUGGAAAAAAAUAAUGUAACAAGUGAAGCGAGUGUCGUGUUUUGCGCGAAUCAAGCAAAUUGUCGGCGAAAGUUAUUAAAGGAUGCGCUUCCGGGAGGCAAAUCACUGGCGCGGUUGCUGUUAGUAACAGUAGUAGUGAUGAUGGUGCUUUGGUAGUGGUGUAGUGUGUGGGGGUUUUAAUUUGCUGGCACCUUGCUCGCUUCCCGUCACCCGUCGUGCGUGUCGGUGCGUGUUGAUUACAACAGAUCUGAAAGGGAAAGAUUAGCAACGGAGCAGUAACUGACCUCCGUGGGUGUGUUUGCUGUGUGUGUGUAUGUGUAUAUAUGUCGCUGUAGUAGGCGUGGAAGUUUGGCGAGGAUUUCCCGAAAGUAAAAAAGUGCGAAAGCACCUGUUUGGCAUGGGCUGCUGAUUGAAAGUGUGUCGUUUCCCAAAAAUUUGCGUAAAUCACAGUGCUUGUGCGGUGUAACAACCCUUUUCGCUACCGGAAUAAAGCGUCAAUUUCAACAACCCCGGGUGUAGUGCUCUGAAUGUGUCCCGUUUGGUCCAGUCACCGGCUUCGGUACGGGUUUUCCCACUGUGGAAGGAUGGAAAAUUAAGCAGACCAGGCGAAACCGAAGUCCCACCGGAAGUGGUACUGCCUAGGUUUAAGUGUAGUGAGUGAGUAAGUGAGUGUGUGCGUGUUGUGUUUUUUUUGUGUGGGAGCCUGCCGUUUCAUACGCUACAGAGGAACCUCGUGACGCAAACCGGCCCAUCAACCAGCAUCAGGGUGGAGACCGGUUUUUCCUGCAUUUUCAUUGACCCCUUGGAAUAAUUAGCAGAGUCGGCUGGGGUUUAAAAAAAUGAGCGACAUCAUCGUAGACUACGGAAGCCUCCCGGACGAUGUCCGGGAAAAGUUGGCUGAGCUGGAAUUGGAGCUGUCAGAAGGUAAGCGAACUAUUUUCAAACAUCCUUAAAGAGUAUCAUCAAAAGCUGUGAGUAAAGUAUAAAAUACUAAAUCACGUUUGUUUUAAAAUAUGAUAUCUGUUAUUAGCUCAACAUAUAUUUUUCAAACGUAAACAAUCCGAAUAAUAAUUCCGUUCAAAUAUUAUCAGCAAAGAAUAUCGCGCGACAGCGCAAACCCGUGAUGUGCAGCACGAUUUUGAAAUUUAUCUUCCUAAAUUAUGGGUUGGAGUUGUUGUUUGCUUGCUUUUUUUCGCUCUAAAACUUGUUCAAUCGAUUGUCCAAAGUGCAGUUCGAUUGAAGAAAUAGUUUUUUCGUCGUAAAAUCAUGGAAAACAAAAACAACAAUUGUAAUUCCUAUCUAAGGGUGGAGUCGUGUCCACCCUCUCUUUGAUGCUGAUGAUCAAAUUUUAUUGAACAUUUCCACGUCUGUGACCUUUCUUAGUUUGUUUGUCUCGGUUGGACAAGAAGAUCGAAGUCAUAUAAAAUUCUUUCGCCCCUGUUUAACACUUUCUUUUUUUAUUGUCCUAGUAGAUGCAUCGAAGUUUCACAAGGUCUUGUUAUUUUGCUGACCGGGAUAAGGUUUUGGGGCGUGGAAUUGUUUGUGAGCAACAGUAAAAAAAAAGUUUUACGAAUGUGUAUUUGCUGAUCCCAACGAAGGAUAAUAUAGCAGUCAUGGCCCUGAAAACAACGAAGAAAAAAAACAAUAGCUCAAACUCGUGGCUCUCGAAUUUUGAAUCGAGAACGUUUGUCAUGUUGGCAGAGUAAUGGGCCAUUAUGGUGCGAUGCUUCUGAAGCAUAAUGAUACGUACGUGACGGAUGCAAGUUUAAUAUUUUACACUUCCCGUACUGCAUCGUAAAGCAAAUCGUAAAAGUGUUUGUGUAUGCUGAUAUCUUUCGAUGUCGGUGUUGAAGUAGUUACUUGCUUCAUUCGUAACCGUACGUGUUUAUUUCGAAUUCACUUACCGUUGAUUAUGUGAUGAGAUUAUGAUGCAAUUGUAUACUAGACAAUUUGUGUGUCUUUAACCGAUUGCAAGGUCUUAAAAAAGAAAUAAUAACGUACGACAUACGGUAUAUGACAUGGAAAAAAGAACUAAACUAAAUCAUUGAAUGACGCGUGUUUGGUUCAUAGUCUUAAAGAUGGCACCUGAGUGUAUCGUCAUUAAUUUAUAGCUGAAUUGUGCCCCUCAAUACGUGGUGCAACUCCAGCUAUGGAAUCGCAGCUACAUUAAUAAUUUAAUUCUUAAUGUAGACCGUUUAGUUUUGUUGAUUUUUACUCAUGCAGUGGUAAGAUUUUAAGAAGUUCCAUUACUGUUUUUUCCCCCCGUGUGUUCUAGCUGUAACGACUAAAAAAUACAAGCAUCGUUAAUGAAAAAAAAGCUAACCAUUCUCACUCUCCUUCUCAUUCUCCGUGCACACUGGCCAAGAGUAAAGAAGGUCGCAGGCAAAGAAAACGAAACCAGUUUUCAUCCGCGUCCCGAGCAUAAAAGUUGCUAUUUAUUCCAAAUUCAACGCCCCAGCGUUGAUCGUUUAUUGAAAUUCUCCGCGGGACAGAAGUUCGUCGUCUUGUUGAGCACAGCAUCCGCGGGCAAGAUAUGCUGAACCGGUGAGAUCGAUUUGUCGCUGUCUCUCUCCCACUCGCUCAAACAGUGAGAGUGAGAAGUUUAACUCACGCGUGAGUGUUCGCUUCACAGCAUCCGCACAGAUCCGCAUCCGUGAGAAGAAAUGUGAGAGAUCUGCCGAUCUCUUCAUCGUGAUAGUCGAGAUGAAGAGCUUUCAGUUCAGCUGAGCUUUAGUUUGUGUUUUUUUCGUUAUCUGUUUUUUUCAAGAUCAAUUUACGAGUAAAUAUAAUUUUCCAGGCGUGUGGAAGUAAUAUGCAAAAAUGGCUUUUUCUUUUCUUUUACUCGCAUGAUCAUACUCAUUGCGUUGCAGUUACUUGCGCUCACGUACCUCGCUCAACCGAUCACGCUUUGCCAUUUUCUCUCUGCCUCUCUGUUUCCCUUCUCUGAUGUGGUGAGCUUCACACUACGCUCUCUCUGCUCACGGUGAAGGAAAGCUUUCGUGGUGGAUCAUCGGCGAUCGCAACAGGGCGCAUUUAUUGCCCGUCCUCGACACUAACGCACAGUUAACUGCCGUCUUCCGUUUGGACCGGUUCGCGGGUUCGUUUCGACCGUUCGGUUUAUCGCGCGAUGUUCCGUCCGUCAAGCUGAUGGUGCCCUUGAUGUGUUAUUGUUAGCCCCCUUGUUUCUGGGGAAAGCUUGUUGUUUAUGAAGUGUACAGUUUUGCAAUUGGUGCAAAUUUAUUUUUGUGUUACAUUUUGUGCAGCAACAUAAUUCAUCUGGAGUACAGAUAACAUAUCAAUGCAGUGGCUUUCGGGUGGGGGAUGAAAACAAGUGAAUGUGUGGCGUUAAACCUGGUGUACAGAAAUUAUAUUGUUUGGUAAAAUAAUACGCACAAGAGAAAAAAAAUCUUAAAAAUCCUCUCUGUAAUUAUAUCCUGUCAGUAUCUAAUAGUGGAAAGAAAUAAAAAUCAACGUUCAUCAGCCUGUGCCUGGGCAGCGCCGUGUCUUCCAGUGAGAUACUCUCCUGCUGAGAAGUUUUGUUUUUCCGCGAUGUGUACAAGCUGCACAGCUGAAAAAUGAAUCCCGCACAAGAACGACAGCACCGUCGGAGUUAGGGGACGUUUUGUAGGUGCGCGUCAUCCUCGUUUUGUGUGCAUCGGUACCGCAGAACCCAGGCAUGGUGGCGCAUGAACCAUGAAGCCAAUCACGUUCGAAUCGAUACGCAAUCUGUUGAAGACGAAAAAGAAGCAGAAAGACAAAUCCAACAUCGACCAAAGCUUCAAACGGAGCGACUCGUUCAAGCGCAUUAGCAUCCGGAAGAGUUAUCUCGAGCGAGGUCGCAAACGCAAUGCAGCAGCAGUGCUCCGAGGUUCGACCAAAAAUCUGGUCAACAUCAACGAGUUUGAGGAUCAGGCAAAGGUAGUGAAGGGACCGGAGAAGCUAAGGUUGAACGGAGAUGCGGAAGGUACACAGGUGAAAGAUAGUUCUGAGGUGCACGCAUCGGAGAAAACAGGUGCGUCCUCUUCCAUCACGAAGCGAGUGUCCCCACCGGAACUUUCUUUCGAGGAGAAGCUAGAAUCGAAUGAUGCGUCGUUGGAUGAAAAGAUUCGCGCACUGCAGGAGAUCAACGAUCGGUACAUCAAUGAAAAUCGUAAUCUCGUGGAAAAGACGUACGAAGUUUCCCGGAAGGUAGAGAAGAUAAAGAUCAAGAAACCGCCCAGACCUUCGAAACAGUCGAUUGGUGCGUCCCAGCAACAGGCUGCCCCUAGGAAAUCUAUCGAAAAUGAAGUACAAAACAAUGAUCUCAGCAGCAAAACGAUCACGUCAGGUUCGCAGGAGAGGCAAGGGAAGUUAACGAAACCGCACGUCCAAGAUUCCAUGGGUAGUACCGGACGGGUGAAGAAUAUCUCACACGUUAACAUAAAUGUCUCCUCAGACGCUAUCCCCGAGGAGGAUGAAGCGAACGAAGGUAGCAUGCGUGGCGGUAAGGUAUCUGAGGAUACGGCGGACGACAAGUCAUUCUAUAGCAUCAGUACGUUCACGAUCGAGAGCAAUACGCUUACGAACGCAGGCAAUAACAAUACGAAUGCUUCGUCGAAAAAAUCGUUCCGGAGUAGCUUCAGCACUGGUACGAGCAAAACGACCACCAACGAAUUGCCCACACUGGUUACAAUCCGAACGUACUGUGAGCCGAACUCUUUGAUGCAAUCCACUACCCAUGUCAACGAGCGGUAUCUGGAGACUAGUUUUGACAACUGUCCGGAGGAGCUCGAGCCCGUUCGCGAACAUAAGCCGCAGGUAGUGAAGGUGGUGAAAGAAACGCUAGCACCUGCCCCACCGUCCGGUACGAAUACCGGCGAGCGACAAAGAAGUCCUUCCCGGAUUCCAAGGAUUAACACGCAAACGUUCAAAAUGAUACGUAGCAAAUCGAGAGAUGGGAUCGUUAUACGCAUCCCGGCGAUGGAUGGACAGGAGACGGAUGGCAUCGAAAAUGCUGGUUCAAAGUCGGACAGUGGAGGUCUUAAGGAGCCGGAAGAUAAUCUAAACCGACAGUUGAGCAACGAUUCCGCGCUCGAUUUGAUCGACGUCGAUAUCAAGGUGGACGAGAAAGAUUUGCGCCACGGUUUGGGAGGCUCAACACAGAACUUGACCGGUACGGUGACGGACGGUACGCUAGAGCUGAAGAACCAAAAAAACAAAUACCGUAAGAAGGCGAAAAAGGCAACGGCGAAUAAAACAGGCACGCUAGACGUCGAGGAUGCAAGUCUGCAUACGUUUAAGAGCCAUGAAAAUUUUGAACUUCAGCGUACCCCGAAAGGUACCGAUCCGACCAAUGAGCCGAAGUUCAUCUUUCCAAACAAUUACUUCGAGGAGGAGAACAACAUCUUCUACGAUCAGACGGUGUACGCUGAUGAGGCGGAACUGCCCUCACCGGAAAACAGCAUACCUUAUGCGUUGCGCAUCAAGGAAAAUCCCUUCACGAAGAACAAAGAGUUCUACUCGAUCAAUACCGGUCGGAUAUGGAAGCAGCUCAAUCUUGGCCAACAGCAGGAAGAGGACUCGAUACUAUCAACGGCAGGGCCACGCCUAGUGCCACCGCCGAAGGUGAAGAAUGAGUCCUUCAAAUCGAUGUCAUCCCGGGAUUCGGGCUUCAGCUUGACGUUAACCAAGCCAAAAAAUUUAUUCCGCCGCAAGUCGAAGAAGGCCACACUACUCCAGCGGCGUAAACCGCCAAAGUUGGCCGUCAGCCGAGAUGGGUACUUCAAGCGGGUAAUGGUGGUGCAGCGAAACUCGUCGAAACGAAAGAAAUCCAUUCGCAAGCAGCGUGUCGCCGGGAAGGAUAUCUUCCGGGAGUUGUACGACGAAAACUGGAGCAAGCUGGGCGAUGAUUUCUCUGCCGAACCGGAAGCUGCAGGAACGCUCGAACCGGAAGCACCGGACUUUGCGCGUGAUUUUGAAAAUUUUUGUAAUGAUCGCCGUUACAACCAGGAAAUACACGACCUGGAAGCAUUCUACGAAGAACAUUUGAAGCGUUUGCGGCAUUACUACAUACAGAAGAAGAAGAUGAACGAAGCGGCUAUUAAGGAGUUCUAUCGGGAUUAUGGUGCAGGUCGGGCCGCUAUACUCGGUACCGACAGUGCGAACGUUGGAGGCGCAGUUACUGCUGCCGUCCCGGCUACUGUUGGCGAACAGCAGGACGAAGAGAAUGACUACUAUGACACGUUUAUAGUGACAAAGAAUGAAACGAUUCGCUUCAAGAACAACGCACUCCAACAGCGGUACUUUCAGCAAACGGAUGCCGGUCUGGAAUUUAUGUUUCCCCAUCCGGACAAGCGCAAAAGUGGUGCCGUUGCAUCCGGAGGUUCCAUCGGAAUGGGGAAGUCGACCAAAGCAGGUAAAUCCGCCACCGGGAGUGCUCACUCGACGACGACGGCUAGUAGUCGGAAGCAACUUUUUCACGAAGUUCGCCCAUACGGAAGCCCUCUGGAACCACUGACCGGCGGUGCACAUUACACCGAGGAGGAGUUCCUGCGGAACAACUCGAGCCUGCUUAGCAAGCGUAACCAGUCGGUACAUGUGAAUCGCUACAAGGAACCACCUUCGUUCGUUUACAAGCGCUCGAUAUCGGCUCCCUUCGGUGACUCAAACUUUCAGCUGAGUACUGCUCCUGGAAAUGAGCUAAAGCGGAUACGAUCCUCUGGUGCGAUCCAGAACGAAAUUUCUCUAGCGAAUAUCUUCCCGUCGGUAAACGGGAAUAAAGCCAGCAGUGCACAGCGCCAUCGGUAUAUGGGGAAAAAUAACGAUGGAGUGGAUAACGAUGAGGAUCCUGAAGAUGAGGAUGAUGAGAACGAAGAGGAUGAGGAUGACGAGGAGUUUAGCGAGAAUGAGUUCUUGAUCAACAGUUUGGGUGAUAAUCUGUACUGUAUGCGGUGUGACAAAAUGAACAGUGAUUGUGAGUGUUUUGAAGGAUCGGAUUCGGGAUCGCCGAAACGGAAGGACUCUGGUCGUCCGAGUCGGCCACGGUUGAAGGGUGGUGCGAAAAGAGUGUACGGUCCAAACGGUGAGGUAGUGAUAGUUAGUGAGCAAGGUGAUGACGUACGGGAUAAGCAAUCCCGUGCAAAUGCCACCGAGAAUGGUAUAGGAAACGAUGAAGAUGAAGAUGAGGAGGAGGAUGAUGAUGAUGAGGAAGAGGAGCUGGACGAGAAUGAUGAAAACUACUGUGAUGUGUUUGAUUAUAACGAUAUCAACAUCAUACACGUGAACCACAAGAAGAAAGUGAAGCGAAAAAAGUCCAAAAAACGUACCGUGCGGAAAAACCAUUCGACGUUGCGGCGUGGCAGCUAUUGGGGCGACAUCACUCAAAAAGGAUACGAAAAGAAGCGAACAAGACUCUUGCAGCCAUACCUGUCCAAAAAUGUGCAGCACGGCAGUGGCGCUGGUGGUGGUGUAGGAGGUGGCAGUGGGGUCGGAAAUAACCCCGGUUACGUCAAUGACAUCCAGUCACAUCUUCAUCAUCCAGCAUCACAACAGAAGCAGAACAUCUUUGCCUCCUCGGGCAGCGGCGGUGGAGGAGGAGGUGGAGGUGGGGUCGGUGGUGGUGGUGGUGGUGGGAGUAGAGAUAGAAAUGAUCGUUCCGGUAGUGGCAGUGGCGGUGGCCAUCAUCAUUCCUCAUCGCAUCAGCAACGGGAGCAGCAGCAAUUGCAACAGAAUCGCACGCGUCGCAGUACGCAACGCAAAGUAACGCACAACGAGAAGCGCUAUCACUCAGCAACGGGACGACCCGAUGUGCUUCAGCCAGAAGAAGUGCUUCGGCCAGCGAUUGCACCAAGUUCGGGCAUCCCGGUGCAUCAGCACCAGCAUCUUCUACGACAACGUCAGGCACUGCUCUCGACAACCACUUCCUCCGGUUCCACUUCCUCGGGUGGUGGAAUCGGCGGCAUCCAGUCUGAUCACACCAGCAAGGAUCGACAACAAACGACCACCGUAACCAACAAUGUUGUGCCAUCGUUGGGUGGAGUGCAGCACGCCCCCCCACAACAACCCGGACUGUACUCGAGUGCACUGGUUGCGGCCGCCGCCGACGCACUGUUCAAGGCGAUGCGCAUCUCUCCGCAGCCGCCGAUCGUUGCCGCACCGGACUCUGCUGUGAUAAUGCGCCCGAAAGCGUAUCCCGAGCCAACGGUGGGCGUACAACCGCCGCCGGAAGCUGAAACGGAUCGGACAAGUAAUAAUCCGUCGAAUGGUGGAGCGGCUGAUGGCAAGAAUAGUAGAAAUAAUAGAAGAAUCGGACGGCACGAGAGUCGCUACACCAGUGAAGUACGCCAGGAAGCGGUACAACAAGCAUUAGCUGCACUAAAAAAUCGCCCCAAACCUAGCUUGCCAAUGCCAUCCAAACGAAGCUCGGUGCUUAACCGCAGUCCUGAGCGCGAUCAUGACGAUUCAGACUCCAGUACGGAAGAUGAAUCCAUACCGGAGGAAGGUUUGCUGGGAAGAAUUUCUACACCGGAUCGGGACAACUACAAUCUACCCCGUGAUCACAUACUCACACGGGAACCGAUGAAGCUGCCCUCGUCCCGGGACCAUCACCAUUCGCAGCCCCAACCUCUGCCGCAGCCGCCGCAAAAGCAAUCGUCGCAGCACGGAUCGCAGCAGCAAACCCACCUGGACCGGCGACCGCCUCAAACGAUUCCAACGCAGCCAGCGAAUACACAGCACGCGACACUGUCCGAUACGUCGAGUGCCGGUUCACCGCCAGCCGUGCACCGCAAUCACCAAUAUCAGAACAAACCGACUGGUUACGACAUUACGGAUCUGAACGAUUUCCAACCACACCAGCGCACACCGUACGCUGCACCGGACAUCACACAGUUCAGUGCCAAUACGCGGCGCGGUGCAGAUCGUGUGACGCGAUACGUAAAUCUGGCGAAUCAAGAACCGGGCGACACGAGCACUGCCGGCCGAUGGAAGGUGUCGGCCAAGAUUCAGCAGCUGCUAAACACAUUGAAACGUCCCAAGCGGCGACCACUGCCCGAGUUUUACGAGGACAAUGAUAUCGAGCUGGAAAUUGCCGCCAAUCCGAAAGAUCCGAAUGCACCGAAACCGGAAGGUAGUGUGAUGACACCGGUUCAGGGCGAACAGCUGAUCGUCCCUUCGGGUUUGCCGCGUACGCUGGAAGCUGCCCUGCAACGGUACGGUACGAGCUCGUUCAAGGCACCGAUGGCGACUGUGCUGGAUCCAAACGGGAAAAUGACAACAACGCUUACCUAUGGCAAGCUGCUAUCUCGUGCGCAAAAAAUUGCCUACGCUCUCUCCACGAAGGUCUUCAGCAAGGGACCGGAACAAGUAUCUCUCAAACCGGGCGAUCGUGUUGCGCUGGUCUACCCGAACAGUGAUCCACUGAACUUCCUCACCGCUUGGUACGGUUGUAUGUUCCGUGGGCUCGUUCCACUACCGAUCGAACUGCCCCUAUCGAGCUCGGACUCACCCCCGCAGCAAGUUGGAUUUUUGCUCAGCUCAUGCGGUGUACACGUCGCACUCACCUCCGAAGCAUGUCUGAAGGGACUACCAAAGUCAUCGACUGGUGAGGUAGCCAAGUUGAAGGGCUGGCCACGACUGCACUGGUUUGUGACGGAACAUUUGCCGAAGGUACCGAAAGAUUUUAACACUAACAACAACCGCAUUAGUGAAGAUUCGAACGCGUACAUUGAGUACACGACGGACAAGGAGGGUAGCGUUAUGGGCGUUACGGUAACGCGCCAAGCAAUGAUCAACCAUUGCCGAGCGCUAACGAUGGCCUGCCAUUACACCGAAGGGGAGACGAUCGUGUGCGUGCUUGAUUUUAAGCGUGAGGUCGGUCUGUGGCACAGCAUUCUCACGUCCGUGUUAAACGGUAUGCAUGUACUGUUUAUACCGUACGCACUGAUGAAGUUACGACCCUCCUCAUGGAUGCAGCUCAUCACGAAGUAUAGAGCAUCGUGCUGUUUGGUAAAGAGCCGCGAUCUACACUGGGGUCUGUUGGCAACUAAGGAUCACAAGGAGAUUUCCCUUUCGUCACUUCGGAUGCUGCUGGUAGCAGACGGUGCCAAUCCUUGGUCACUGUCCAGCUGCGAUCAGUUCCUGAGCGUGUUCCAAUCGAAGGGUCUCCGACCGGAUGCAAUAUGUCCGUGUGCAAGCAGCUCGGAAGUGUUUACUGUGUCGCUGCGCCGACCAGGACGAUCGGCAGCCGGUGGCUACAACCAGUCGGCAACCGGUCGUGGCGUUCUAUCGAUGUCCGCAUUAUCCCAUGGUGUGGUACGGGUUGAUAGUGAAGAUUCGCUUACGUCACUUACGUUGCAAGACUGUGGACAGGUUAUGCCGAGUGCUACGAUGGUUGUGGUCAGUGCUGACGGUUCUCCGGUUCUAUGCAAAACGGAUCAAGUUGGUGAAAUAUGCGUAACUUCUGGAUCGAGCGGUACAGCGUACUACGGUUUGGAAGGAAUGACAAAUUCUACCUUCAAGGUUCAACCUCUCCUUGAAGCACCCGUCACAAAGGAUGGUGAAACGAUUCCCGGCAAACCGAUCGGUGAUGAAGUUUACGUGCGCAGUGGUUUGCUCGGGUUCCUCGGUCCGGGUGGACUUGUGUUUGUAUGCGGUUCCCGGGAUGGUUUAAUGACCGUCACUGGCCGGAAGCACAACUCGGACGAUAUCAUCGCGACGGUACUGGCCGUCGAACCGAUGCGCUUCAUCUACCGUGGCCGUAUCGCCGUCUUCAGCAUUAAGGUGCUGCGGGACGAGCGUGUCUGUGUGAUUGCCGAACAGCGACCAGACUGUUCGGAGGAAGAAUCAUUCCAGUGGAUGUCUCGGGUGCUGCAAGCAGUCGAUUCCAUCCAUCAGGUCGGCAUCUACUGUUUGGCGCUCGUACCACCGAAUCACCUGCCAAAGACGCCCCUCGGUGGUAUUCAUCUGACUGAGGCACGUCGACGGUUCCUCGAGGGUUCACUACACCCGGCCAAUGUGCUCAUGUGUCCGCAUACCUGCGUAACCAAUCUUCCAAAACCACGCGAAAUUCACCACGAUGCCUCCGUUGGUCCGGCUUCGGUAAUGGUCGGUAACCUGGUGCAGGGUAACAGGCUUGCCUCUGCCCAGGGCCGCGAUAUCGGUCUGGCCGACGAUAACGAACGUAAGCAUCAGCUUAUUACUGGUGUGUUGCGAUGGCGCGCCAACUCAUCGCCCGAUCACGUUCUGUACACGCUGCUCAACUCGAAGGGUGCCGUCGCGAAAACGCUCACCUGCUCCGAGCUGCACAAGCGGGCAGAGAAGAUUGCCGCCCUGCUGCAGGAACGUGGCAAGGUGAACCCGGGCGAUCAUGUGGCACUUAUCUUCCCGCCCGGGCUCGAUCUGAUCUGUGCGUUCUAUGGCUGUCUGUAUCUGGGCGCUGUGCCGGUAACUAUACGGCCACCACAUCCGCAGAAUCUCAUCACCACACUGCCCACCGUGCGGAUGAUCGUGGACGUGUCCAAGAGUGGCAUCAUCCUAUCAAUACAGAGCAUCAUAAAGCUGCUAAAGUCGCGCGAAGCGGCCACAUCCAUCGAUCCAAAGAGCUGGCCAACCAUACUGGACAUUGAGGACAACCCGAAACGGAAGCUAGCCGCUAUCGCUAACAGUACACUCGACUCGACGGCCUAUCUGGACUUCAGUGUGUCUACCUGUGGUCGGCUAAGUGGCGUUAUCAUCACGCAUCGUUCCCUUUCGAGUCUCUGUGCCAGUCUGAAGCUAGCCUGCGAGCUAUACCCUAGUCGCCAUGUAGCACUCUGUCUUGAUCCGUACUGUGGCCUUGGCUUCUCCAUGUGGACACUGAUCAGCGUCUACAGUGGUCACCACUCGAUACUGAUUGCACCCUACGAGGUGGAAGCCAACCCUAGUCUCUGGCUAAGCACUCUUUCGCAGUACCGCGUUCGGGAUACAUUCUGCUCAUACGGCGUAAUUGAACUGUGCACCAAGGCGCUCAGCAACUCCAUUCAGGCACUGAAACAGCGCAACAUCAACCUCGGCUGCGUGCGUACCUGUGUGGUCGUCGCGGAGGAACGUCCACGCGUGCAACUGACGCAACAGUUCUGCAAGCUGUUCCAAGCGCUCGGUUUGAAUACGCGCUGCGUAUCGACCUCGUUCGGGUGUCGCGUUAAUCCUGCCAUCUGCGUGCAGGGUGCCAGCUCGGCCGAAAGUGCGCAGGUGUAUGUGGAUUUGCGAGCGCUACGCAACAAUCGGGUAGCGCUAGUGGAACGUGGUGCUCCAAAUUCGCUCUGCUUGGUGGAGUCUGGUAAGCUGUUGCCGGGUGUGAAGGUUAUCAUUGCCAAUCCGGACUCCAAGGGACAGUGUGGUGAUUCCCAUCUGGGAGAGAUUUGGGUCCAAUCACCGCACAACUCGAACGGCUAUUUCACGAUCUACGGCGACGAAACGGAUUACAAUGACCAUUUCAACGCCAAACUGGUGACCGGUUGCUCGACCAACGAUACGUGGGCACGCACCGGUUACCUUGGGUUCCUGCGGCGCACCGAGUGCUCCCAGGCCGGCUCAAUACUGGACGAAACCACACCGAGCAUAGCUAGUCGCGAUUCGGAUACCGAAUCAAUUCAUUCACAGGGUCACAACACAUUAAAUUCAACGACCAGUUCGAACGCAGGCAAUCCAGCAACCACGGCCGUGGCUGGUAACGAGCAGGAACUGCACGAUGCCGUCUACGUGGUCGGCGCCCUCGAUGAGGUAAUUACGCUGCGCGGCAUGAACUAUCAUCCGAUCGAUAUCGAGAAUUCGGUACUGCGCUGUCACAAGAAGAUUGCCGAGUGUGCUGUCUUCACCUGGACGAACCUGUUGGUGGUGGUAGUCGAGCUGGAUGGAAACGAAUCGGAAGCGCUAGAUCUGGUACCGCUCGUGACAAACACCGUGCUGGAGGAACAUCAGCUGAUUGUCGGUGUGGUCGUUGUCGUCGAUCCCGGCGUUGUACCCAUCAACAGCCGGGGAGAGAAACAACGGAUGCAUCUGCGAGAUGGUUUCCUUGCCGAUCAGCUCGAUCCAAUAUACGUUGCUUACAACAUGUAAACAUACACAAACACAGAGGCACACAAUUUGUGAUUGCAGUAUCGGCAGAAUCGGCAGCAUGCUCUCAGAAAAUCCUCUCGCCCGCCCCGGGUUUUUUUCCGCAGUAGCAUGGAAACGACGGACAACGUGCGUGCCUAAAUUGUAUAACACAAAAGAAAAACGCACAACGUUUGCUCACGGUUGAACCAGUAUAUUGUGUGUGUGCGCGUUAAAAAAAACUUUGUUUUUAGUAUUUGCAAGCGUGACAUGAAUAAGACAGGCUGAAAACACGCAGCUACGCAGAGCAGGAAGAAACGAAAUGCAGAGAGAAAGUGAGAGAAAGAGAUACAGAAAAAGAUACAGUCAAAUCAGCCAGUUUGAACCAUUUACGGGGGGCGUACUAUAACUAAGCCAUAUAAUUCUUUCUAAUCUUAUACGAUUGAUUACUACUACUGCCAAAACGGGAUGCGGGAAAAGGAACAAGCUGCUAAAAUACUGGAACAAAGGAAGACGUGAAAACAACCGACAAUUGACACGUGGAAACAAUCGGUGAAUGGUUGCACAAUAGAGGUUGUGUUGGUUUUGUUUGUCUCCUUCCCGCCUUUUAAAAACUCACUUCACAGCCAUUCUUAUUCUCUCUUAGUGUUAGUUUAAUUUCUUAGAACGAACGAAACUACCUGUUCGGGGUAACUAAUCGAAGGGUACAUUAGAAAGAGAGCGAAACAUCCCUUUACACAUGACUACCGUUCUUAUUGUAACGAACAAAAAAACACAAGAUGGUUGAAAGCUGGUCAGAGGAUAGAAGGAUAAGAAGUAUCCUUCUUGAAAGGUUUGGAAGCGAUAUGGCAGCCGUUUAGAAAAGAAGAUAAAUGAAAGCCGGACUUUCAGCCGGAUAUAUAGCACAGUGCGCACGCACACACACACACACAAUACAUCGUACCGUGGUAAGCUUUAUUCUGUACAUACAAUUAUAUUACAAGAGCAUUAGGCAAGCGGGACGAUAAUAAUUAGCGCAAAGGCGAAUGUACACACAUGCGCACACACAUACACACUUCCAUUUAAAGGGAGCGAUCAAGUAGGCAAAUUAGUAUGAGCUCUCGCUGUCACUCUCUCUCUUUCUCUUUCGUGUUGCGUUGUGAUCCUUUAUAUCGCAUAAACAUUCACUACCCUACUACUACUCGUCGUAGUAGUGUAAGUAAACGAUUAUCUUAUCUUAUCUUAUCGUACCUCUAGUGUGCACGUGUGUAGUGUAGUGUGUGCGUGUGUAUGUGUGCGAGCGCGUGGGAAUUAGGAAGUUGUUUUUUCUCUUUCACUGAAGGUAAUAGAAGGAACAUAUUGGCUUACACCACAUUUUGCUGCUCCACUGCUCUUACGACUGUCCCGUAUUGUAGGUUUACGCACGUUUACUGGGUAGAAUUUACACUAAAUACUUCCUUUUUUGUGAUUAUUAAGCUAGAAAACUGAACGGGCAAAAAUGUAAGAAAGAUAGAUGAUGCUCUGAUGGAGAAGUAGAAGAAGAAGAAGGACUAAAUACACGAAACAAAUUUUCCUUUCUGUUUCAGCAUACUUGUGGUAUGUCCUGUGUCCAUCCGUACACAUCCGUGUGCGUAUGUAUCUAUGCUGUAGAGAACGUUCAAACAAUACAAACCUUUUUUUUGUAAUUGUAGAUUAAACGCAAACCCAUAAACACAUACAUUUCGCACAUUUAACUAAUUAUCCUUUGAGCGACAACAAUUUGCUGUUAAACAGUAUUGCUUUGUGUUCUCAUAAUGUGUUCCAUUUUGUUUGUUCACACGCACACACAACGGAACAAUGGUUGUACACACACACACACACACAAAUGGUAGAGAAUACGACCUGUUGACACAUACAUACACAAGGAUAGUAGCAAUAGUUAACGCAGUAAUAUGUAGAGAGCAUUAAAGUGUAAUUAUUGUUUUGUUUGGUUCGAAACCCAAUUUACUUUUAAACGUCUGCGGCUCUAUUUUACUGCUUUUGUUUUCUCACAUUCUAGUCUGCCACCCCCCGCGAAAACUACCUUAUUUGCUGUAUGUACGGUAAAAGUAUUGAUUUAACAUGACUUAUUGUUUAUGCAAACAAAUUUUUAUAUCGAGUUUCCUCCGUACGAUAGAUCAUCCAUUACAUUUUAUUUUCUGUUCUUUUAUAGUUUCUUUGAUUUGCUUUUGUUUUAGUGUACAUUGUUAAGUUUUCCCCCCGUUUAGAAACACUGUCAAAUUUUGAUGAUUGAGGAUCGUCGUGUCGGGGAAAAGAAUCCAAAAGCAAAAAAAAAUAAAAAAAAAGAUUAGGAAAUGAACAGAUUGAGCGAAGAAAUGGUAGAAAAGACGCGACAACAUGAGCAUAUACAUUUAACGCACUCAAAUACCCAACUACUUAUUAGUACAUCUAAUCCAUCUUUCUCUAGUGCUCAUAUAUAUAAAGCAAAACAAAAACAAAACAAAAAAACACGAAACGCAAACAAACGAGUGAAGCGCAUUUGCGCCACAGAAUGCGUACGUUUUGUUUUUUCUUUUUUUUGUUUUUUGUCGAAUGAUAGAGAGAAUUUCCCGUGCUUGUCGGUUAUAGCUAGAAAUCGCAGUUCCAACUGUUGGUGUGGUUAGAAAAUGUACACAUACAUACAUAAAUACAUACACACACGCACACACACCAGACACCCGACUGCGAUCGUCAAUAGUGAGCAGGACCUGUUUAGCAUUAGAAAGGAAAAUAAAUGUAUUUCAAGAAGAAAAAAA